AGCAUUUUUCUUAUGAGCAGCAUCUAAUAUUUCCAAACAUGAACGUGUCUUUGAGGAAUAGUCUAAAAAUUUUUUUUUUUUACAAAGAUUGCUUAAAAUUUAUAUUAUGAAGCUGAACGGCAGCAACAAAAAAUAUUAAUUAUUACUUCAUUGCUAUAAACCUGGCAACAUUAAAUAGCAUCAUCACAAUCACAAAAAGCAGAGGCAUGUUCUAACGUUUUGAGCAAAUUUUGUUUUGUCGUGAAAGACUGCUGAUUUAAUACGAUUUUCAAUUACGAUUCAAGUUUGUUUUCAUAUACACUAUGUCUUUAGGAGUUCCGGUGAAAGUUCUUCAUGAAGCUGAAGGACAUAUAGUAACUUUAGAAACCAAUACCGGCGAAGUUUACCGUGGAAAACUAGUUGAAGCCGAAGAUAAUAUGAAUUGUCAAAUGUCUGGUAUAACAGUCACAUACAGAGAUGGUCAAGUGGCACAACUUGAGAAUAUUUAUAUCAGAGGCAGCAAAAUUAGAUUCCUGAUCCUUCCAGAUAUGUUGAAAAAUGCUCCGAUGUUCAAAAAGUCUGGACCCAGAGCUGGUGCUGGUGCGGCGAGUAACCGUGGAAAAUCAGCAAUUUUGAGAGCUCAAGCUGCCAGAGGACGAGGACGAACUAAGACUUUUUUCCAACGAAGAUAAGAAUUAUAAGAAAACGGGCAUCCAUUUUUUCAAAAAACUACCUUGUGAGGGAUUUCAUUUAAAAUUCCAUGUUUUAUCUUUUUACUACUUUUAAACUGUGCACUUAAAACUACAAUAAAUUACAACUACAAACUGGUGGAAAUUUGU